AUGAUCCACACUAGGGAUCGGCCCUACAAGUGUGGAGAAUGUGGGAAGAGCUUCAAGCAUGGGUCCACCCUCCGCACCCACCAGCGCAUUCACACUGGGGAAAAGCCCUACAUGUGUAGGGAAUGUGGGAAGAGCUUCAGGAACAGCUCCAACCUCCACAACCACCGGCGCAUCCACACUGGGGAACGGCCCUACGUGUGUAAGGAAUGUGGGAAGAGCUUCAGCCAGAGCUCCACCCUCCACACCCACCAGCACGUCCACACUGAGGAACGGCCCUACAAGUGCUCGGAAUGUGGGAAGAGGUUUCAGACCAGCGGGAAUCUCCUCAAGCAUGAGCAGACACACACGGAUGAGAGGCCCUUCCGCUGCACCGACUGCGGGAAGGGCUUCAAGCAGAACUCCCACCUCGUCACCCACCGGCGCAUCCACACCGGGGAGAGGCUCUACAAGUGUGAGGAGUGUGGGAAGAGCUUCACCUGGAGCUCUGCCAUGACCUAUCACCAACAGACCCACCGGUAAAGGAAGUCCUACCGGUGCCCUGUCUGCGGGAAGAGCUUCGGCUGCUGCUUCCACCCCGAAU